AUCAAGCGGUACAGAGUCUCUGACCCACUGACAUUCUCCUCAGUUUCUUAGUAGACACAACCGCCGCUAAUUCGUGACUGAAAGUUCCGAUGUCAGUAAUCAGAACUAUCGGUCGUAGACUAUUCAAGAAAAAAGGGUUACAUCCACCGUCGCAGUAUCGCAAAUCGUAUCUCAUUUUGACAUGCGUCUGAACCGUAGCGUUUUAACCAGUGUCACUGUAUGCUCGACGGUUCUGUUCAUUGUUUUGAGAUCGAAAUCCACGACAGAGUUCGAUAAUCAUUCGGGAGACGAUACAGAAAAGCGUUAUGAGAAGGAACAGGAUAACAAUAAUGGCCAGACGUAUCGGUACGUUACACCCUCGCUUGCGGAACUGGGUGUACGUAGGAGCAUGACCGAAAUGAACAAGCAUAUUUUAAUGUUAACACGCGUACCCGACGCUGGGGCCGAACUGUUGAUCCUGAUUUUACAGCGUUUACAGGGCUACAAUGCUUUCAAACACAUACGUCUGCCACCUGGCGAUCAUGGUCUUUUGUCGACAUUGCAAGAGGAACUGUUAGUGGAAGAGAUUACUAAUAUCAUAAAACAGGAAGCGAUUCCUUUAAGUUUCGACGGAAACGUUAGGUUUAUAAGUUUCUCGAAAUUUGGACGACAGGCUCCAACGUUUAUAUCUUUAGUGAGAAAUCCCAUGGGUGCUCAAAACUUACAGAGGUAUCGUGAGAAGCGAAAAACGAUGCUUGAAAGUAGAGCUAUACCUACGUUUUGCGGACAGGAUCCUCGCUGCUCAGAGAUAAAUAACAAAUGGGCAUUGCAACGGGCUAAAGCAAAUAUUAUCGAAUGGUAUCCAGUCGUUGGGAUUUUAGAUUGCAUGGAGCAGUCGAUAAACUUGCUGGAACAUAAAUUUCCAUUUUUUUUUCGCGGUGCUAGGCAAAUUUACAGAAAAAUUCGACCCAAACAGAAGUACCUUUCUCAAAUGUCGUUAACAUUAGAACCAAGAGAAAGAGAUAUAUUGUUCGGACUCUAUGAAGAUGAAAUAGAAUUGUAUCAGUGGCUAAAAUAUCGACUGUUCAACGAAACAUCGUACGACGUUGUAGAAAAUUAAUAUCCGCAAAAACGAGAAGUUGCCAUGCCCCAUUGAUAUCUAGUUUAAAACUGCA